AUGUUGACUGAUGAGGCUAGGUAUGUGUCCUCAGGUCCCUGUUCUGCUUGCGCCUCAAAGAUAACCGAGGUCCUAAAGUCCAGGAAAAACGUGCGUCUGACCAUCUUUGCGGCGCGCCUCUUGGACUGGGAGGAUCCUGAGCAGCAGGAGGCCCUCAGGGCCCUUAAUGCUGCCGGGUGUAAACUCAGGGCCAUGAAGCCUCUGGACUUCUCCUACACCUGGGACACGUUUGUGGAGACGGACGAGGAGCCUUUGAACCUGUGGGAGGACUGCAAAGAAAACUAUGAAUAUUACCAGGAAAAGCUGGCUGAGAUUCUGCAGUAG